AUGAGACGGCAAGUGCUGUUGUUCAUCUCCGUCUUCUUCCUCGCUUCGGCGCGCGGGCAGGUCAGCUACUCCGUGCCGGAGGAAAUGGCGAAAGGCUCUCUAGUUGGCAACAUAGCGCACGAUUUAGGUUUGGAUGUUAAGAGACUAAAAUCGGGCAAGGCGCGCAUCUACUCGGGAGACAAUGCGGAGUACAUCGAGCUGAAUAAAGAGAGGGGUGUCCUCCUCAUCAAAGAGAGAAUAGACAGGGAGGCGCUCUGCGCACAGACGACGCCGUGCGCUUUACGUUUCCAGAUGAUUCUAGAAAGCCCGAUGGAACUGUUUCGAAUCACGGUGGAGAUCACGGACAUCAACGACAACACGCCCAGUUUCAAAAGCAACGAGAGGCGUUUUGAAAUUAGCGAGUCCGCCGUUACGGGGUCGAGAUUCGUGUUGGAAAGGGCGCUCGACGCCGACAUUGGGCGAAACGGGCUGAGAAACUAUACGUUGAACCCCGCGGAUAACUUCCGGCUGAAAUUGCAAGGCCAGGCGGAUGGAAACAAGAAGGUCGAGAUGGUUUUGCAAAAGCCGUUAGAUCGCGAGAAACAGGAGCAGAUAUCGCUGCUGCUGACGGCUGUGGAUGGAGGAGAACCGCAAAUGUCUGGCACGGUGAACAUAUACGUGACUGUACUCGAUGCAAACGACAACGCUCCGGUUUUUACGCAGUCGGUUUACAAAGCAACCAUAACGGAAAACUCUCGAAAGGGAACAAUUUUGACGAAGGUUAGUGCUUCUGAUGCAGAUAAAGGCACCAAUGGUGACGUAGUUUAUAGUGUUUCGAGCACAAUGGACAGUGUUUCUGAUAUGUUCGGUAUAAAUGAAAACGGUGACGUGAUUUUAAUCGGUGACAUUGAUUCUGAAAAAGCCAAACACUAUCAAAUAGAUAUCGAGGCCAAAGACAGCGGUGGCCUUUCUGACUCCAGUAAGAUUAUAGUGGAUGUCGUUGAUGUUAAUGAUAACGUGCCCGUGAUCAGUGUGCUUUCGAAGUCAAAUGCAAUACCAGAGGAUUCUGAUUCUAAUACUGUUAUUGUCAUGUUUAGUGUUCACGACCCUGAUUCUGAAAGCAAUGGCCAGGUGAACUGUGAAAUAAAUGGAGACGUACCUUUUGCGAUAAAAACCGCAUCAAACGGUUUCUAUAGCCUGGUGACAGACAGUGAUCUGGACCGAGAGAGAGCCUCAGAGUAUAAUAUCAGUAUAACGUGUUGUGAUGAGGGAGUGCCCUCUCUCUCCAGCAGCGUCACCCUCACCUUACACAUCUCAGAUGUGAAUGACAACGCGCCUGUCUUUGAGAGGAGCUCAUAUGAGGCCUACAUUGUAGAAAACAACACACCGGGUCUCUCCAUAUUCACAGUGAAAGCCACGGACGCUGACUGGAACCAGAACGCCCGUGUCUCUUAUAUACUGGAGGACUCCUCAGUUAACGGAGUGCCCGUCUCCUCCUAUGUGUCCGUCAGUGCUGAUAGUGGAGUCAUCCAUGCAGUUCGCUCUUUUGACUACGAGCACAUCAAGGAUUUCCCAUUCUGUGUUAAAGCGCAGGAUGGAGGCUCUCCUCCACUCAGUAGUAACGUGACCGUGAAAAUAAUGAUCCAGGACCAGAACGACAACGCCCCUCAGGUUCUGUACCCAGUCCAGACCAGCAGCUCUGUGGUGGCUGACAUGGUGCCUCGCUCAGCAGAUGUGGGCUAUCUGGUGACUAAAGUGGUGGCUGUUGAUGUGGACUCUGGACAGAAUGCCUGGCUCUCCUAUAAGCUGCAGAAAGCCACAGACAGGGCGCUGUUUGAAGUGGGCUUACAGAAUGGGGAAAUAAGGACUAUCCGCCAAGUCACUGAUAAAGACGCUGUGAAACAAAGGCUGACUGUUGUAGUGGAGGACAACGGGCAGCCCUCUCGUUCAGCUACAGUCAAUGUUAACGUGGCGGUGGCGGACAGUUUCCCUGAAGUGCUCUCGGAGUUCACGGACUUUACGCACGACAAGGAGUACAAUGACAACCUGACUUUUUACUUAGUCUUGGCUUUGGCUGUAGUGUCAUUUCUCUUCAUCACCUGCUUAGUGGUCAUCAUAUCAGUGAAGAUAUACAGAUGGAGACAGUCUCGCAUCCUCUAUCAUUCCAGUCUGCCGGUGAUUCCCUAUUAUCCACCACGUUACUCAGACACUUUGGGGACAGGGACUCUCCAGCACGUGUACAAUUACGAGGUGUGCAGGACGACUGACUCCAGAAAGAGUGACUGUAAGUUCGGCAGAGCCGGUAGUCAGAACGUGCUGAUAAUGGACCCCAGUUGUACAGGGACGAUGCAGCGGAUCCAGAAUGAAAAGAACAUCCUGGAUGAGCCAGACUCUCCUGUAGAGGUGAGUGUGUCUGAAUACACACAUCUGAUAAAUGCAAUCAUUUAG